AGGAAGAGAGGUAACUAUUCUAUCUGGCUAUCUGCGCUCUCUCCCCAUUCAUUUGGUUCACAUUUUGUUCCGUUGCUCCAAGCUGAAGGGAGAGAUGGGUUCGGGUUCAUUUUCGCGUUUCGGUUCGACUGUGGAAUCGCUGAGGGGAAGGUUGCUAGCUGAGCGACAAGCUUCGAGGGUGGCUAAUGAAGAGGCAGAGCAGCUGGCUGACAAGCUGAGGGAGCUGGAGAAGAAGCUAAAGGAAGAGACUAAACUGAAGUGGAAUGCUGAAAAGAAGCUUACAUUCCUCGUGAAGAAGUUCCAGUCCUUGAAUAACAUUUCUUCUUCCCUCACACCCCAGGAAUUAUACUGUUCACUGUCAGGAAGCUCAUCGUCCUCCAUUCUUAACACUUCUUCUUCAAGCCACAAGGACCCAGAAGAAGAAGGAGAAUCCAAAGUCCCCAAAAUAAGGAUCCCAGAAAGGCACUAACUUUUUCGUCCACAAUAAACCAAAAACUUUAUCAUAAUGGCCUUUUAAAUAAUGUGUUCUGCUUCGUCAUUUUAUUUUGGGUAUGUGGGAUCUUUUUUCUUUUGUUAUUAUUGCUACCGACCAGUUCAUUGCGCUGGAGGAAUGAAAUUGAAGGGAGUGAUGGGCAACUCAACGGCAAGUGUCCCUGCAAAUGUAUGGGAGCAGGGGCAGUAGCAGUCACCAUUCCAAGAGCAGCAGAGCGAGUGGCAAGUUAAAGAUGAGUGAGAAAGAAGUUGGGGAGUAAGGAGGAGCUGCCUGAUUACAGUCGCCCCCAUUUGAUGCCAUUAAUGUAUGAUGGUGGGGGUGGUGAGAUACGUGUAAACCAGAAAAUGGAAAAUAAAAUCGUCAUUCCAUU